UUAUUUUAUAGUUUAUUAAAAUUAAAAAGCAUUUAUUAAUGCAGUCCGUUUUAUGAACGCCUAAACCAAAGACAAGAUUUUCAGUUUUUCCGUUGCUAUGGCGCCAAUUUUUCAAACAACGCCACGCAAUUCACUAUUGUAAACAUUUUGAAAGAAAAAUAAUAAAACGAUAUUUAAAUAUUGGUAGUGGUCUAAGUAACGAGUAGGUAUUAUGGUAUUUGCAAUUUGCAUGAUAGAACUUUCAUAAUUUACACUAGAAUACUCUCAACAUUUUCAAUAAUGAAUUUUAAUAUUGAAGAUCCUUUAGCAGGUAUUUUAAGUGAUGGUAGUGACGACAGUUUUUUUGACGAUGAUAUACUGGGAAAGAAGAAGCCUCCAAAGAAGAAAGAAACGCCUACAGCGGAAAAGAAGAACGCUUUAUUCGAAAUUGGAGAGCCAUUGACACAAACAAGUAAUAAUACAAAAUUUGAAGAUAAAGAUAUAGUUGGAGAUGCAAGCUUGAAGCGAGAGUCAUCAUACAAAGACAUUAAAAAUGUACAACGAAUGUCUCCAACUCCUUUUAAGCGAACAAUAUCUAAAGAUUCUAUCAACGUUAGCCAGAGAGAAUCGAAAACUAAACUUGGUAAUGAAAAAAUAGAUUCCUCGAAAUCACCAGCUAAAUCAAAACCAAGCGUGAGUAUCGAAAAGUUAAGCAUGUUGGAUGAUAAAAAGAAAGAUUCAGUCAAACCUUUAGAAAGAGGUAAAAGUUCCCAAUCUUUAUUAGACGAUAUUUUGGGAGGUCCCUCAAUAAAACCAAGCGCAUCCAGUCAUUCUACACGACCAGUUGCUGCUGCGAAAAAACAGGACUUCGAUUUAGAUACUAUUUUAGGAACAGAGCCAAAACAAACUGUAUCUACAAAAAUUGAAACACAAAACACUUUAAAAGUAGAAGCUACCAAAGAUAGUAAACUAAAAAAAGGUAAGGCCGAUGAUUGGCUUGGCAUUUUUCAAGAAAAAGACGAUAUAAUUGAAGAAGAAGAUGAUGAUGUUCCCGAAUGGUUGGGUGGUGGUAGCAAAAAGAAAAAACCUGUCACCCAACCAACCACAGAAACUAAGCCAACUAAGCAACCACAUCCUGAAGAAAAAGUUAAUCUUCAAGUUGAUACCCCUGAAGCUCACAAAUCUACUAUUGACUUAGACACAGACAGAGUAAAGAAAGUUGAUAUCCCUGUAAAUCCCAAACUGGAUAUCAAUCAGGAAGAUUUGACGAUGGAAGGUGCAUCACUGUAUUUACAACAACAAGAAUCUCAACUGAUGAUUGCUUUGCAAUUGAAAGCGCAGGAUGAAAAGUUAGCCUCAAUGCAAUUGCGUCAGAAGGAAAGCCAACGGGUGCAACGCGAGGCGGCGCUGGCUCAACACGAGCAGAUCGACGCGAUGCUGCGGAGACAGGCUGAUCACAGGCUGCAGAUGCAGAACAUCAUAGCCGCCCACCAGGAGCGGAUCACGCAGAGGAUAAAAGUAUCUGAAACAGUCGUAUUUUCGAGGCUUUUUUUUAAAAAACAGGCUUUACUAGGCGAUGUUAAUCCUGAACAAGACGAAGUUUAUGGAACAUCAAAUGAAUAUGAAACAACAGGUGAUCGCAAAGAGAGUCCAUUUGCAAAGGAGAGAAAGCAGUUGCUACAGCUUGUACAAUCAUUGCAAGAGAACCAUGAUAAGGAAGUUGAUUUAAUGGAAACUUCCUAUAGACGUCAAUUAGCUUUCUUAGAAGUUUCUUUUACUCAAUCAGAAGAAAGAAUGAAAGAAGAAAGUGACAAACUGAUUAAAUUUUACGCAGAGAAAAUAAGUUGGUUAGAUGAACAUCACCAGUUAUACAAGAGAAUGUACGAAGAAAAUUUAAUCUCAUUAACAGAGAGACAUAAAAACGAACAUGAUAUGUUAAAACAACAGCAUUUAGAGAACAUCAGAGUAUUGCAGGAACACCACGUCGCCUUGAUGGAGAAUAUAAAAAAUGCAGUAAAACAAGAACAAGUACUCAUAAAAGAGUCAGCUACUUUCUCUUCGGAUCUUCAGGAGUUGUUGUCGAAUUUGAAAUCGAGUAAUGAGAAAUGUGGUCAGUUAUGCGAAAAAGUAGAAUCAAUUUCACAAAAUACUCAGAGAGAUUCAGAAAGAAGUUUGCAAAUAAGAGAAACACAGAUAUCAGAUAUGAUUGAACAACUGAGAAAAGAAAAAGAGAAUUUUGAAAAAGAGAAAUCUGAAAGCAAAAAUUUGGUUAACAUGUUAGAAGCAAGACUCAAGCAAAUGACAUCAACGAUAGAAGAAGAAUCAGCGUUAUUAAGGCAGAAAAAAAUGGAAUUCGAGUUUGAAAAGGCGACUUUUAGCAAACAAACCGAAUUCGCCAAAAAUGUUUUGAAGAAACAAGAUGAAGAAAUUAAGAUGUUGAAAGAAGACAUUCAAAAGGAAUAUCAAGAAAAAAACUCAAAGAUAGAGGAAGAAAGGGCUAAAGCAUUAAAAGACAGUGCAUUAGUUGCCAAAGAGAAAGCUUCAAUACAGAGCUUAAAGCUAGAACUUGAGAAAACAAAGGCAGAAUUGCAAGGACAGUUGGAAGAGUUAGCAGAAGAAAGGACGAAGUUAAAUACUGAGAAACAGGAAUUGCAUUUAGAAGAACAGAGGGUUAUGUCAAAAAGCAGAGACUUAGAUCUGCUCGCCAAAACGGCAAUGGAGAAGCAAUCCCAAGCGGACAAGAAAUAUUCUGAAGCUGAAUUCUUGCAGAAGAAAUACGAGGAUAGGAUACGAAGGGUCCAAGAGCACGUAGUCUCACUCAAUGCUAGAGAAAAACAAAUUGCCAAGGAAAAGGUGGCUUUAUCUCGAGAGAGAUUGAGUUUACACAACGAGAGGAAAGAGAUCGACAAUCGCCAACAGUGUUCCUUGUGUAGAAGCUCCCAAUAUAAUACGGAUUAUGUAUACGCGCCGUAUAAUUUACCUGUAUCGAGGGAUUAUAGGAAUUUAAGUUCUCCCAUCAAUGUGGUGGAAGCGGAUAUGGCGGUACUGAUGAGCAGGGUUGGACAUGAUGGCAAUGUUGAUGGAGUUGAUGGUGAUCAAGAAUCAAGGCCAUAUAAGGAUUACAUGGAUCCGAAGUUAAUGAUGCUACGCUUAGACGUGCAGCAAGUCAUAAGUCAUUUAGAUCAAACUAAGAAGGAUAAUGUCAACAAUGAUCUUCAGGAGUAACAGUUUGUCAAUUUUUUCAUCUACAUUCAUCCAGCUUACCAUUAAAAUGGACAAGUCCGACGUAUGGUGUUAUAGGUAGAUGUAGACACCGGCAAGCAAGCUGAACCAAAUUAAAUCCUCUGCGCAAGUAUAAAUAAAAGUGUUAUACGCGUGCUUCCCUGGUUGCUCGGAACAAAAAGAUGUCGAAGUUGUGAUCGUCGGAAGGUUGCUAGUCUCUCGCAAUUUUACAAAAUAUAUUUCGGAGUGUGUGCACAGGAGUUAUUUGGGCUCGUACAACCGUCACCAUUUUACCAUCGCACUGCAAGACAGGUUUCCAUCCCUAUAGUUUGGCAAGUUUUAUGACGACACUGAUACUGACACAUGAUAUGCGAGCGACGGGAGGGAAGGACUACGCGGGUAUGAGGUCGUGCGCGCGGGACAUUGCUACCCCCCUCCCGGUCCGUGCGGACCAUUGGGAGUGUUACGAACGAAUUUGCCAAGCUAUAGAACUCGCACGAAGCGAUUUUCUUCUUUUCUUUUACGCAUGGCUAGGGUAUGGAUCUCUCCCGAAGUCAGUGGGCAUCAUUACGAAGAGAGAAAAAAGGCAUCUUAUUCUCAUUAGGCAAGCGCGUUACCAUCAGGAGACGAUCGUGGUCAAGUACGAGCUUAUUCCAGCUCGUGCUCGAAAAAAAAACAUUUCGUAUGCGAUUGCAAUGGCGUCAAUGUGUUGCUAUGGUUACUCGAUUUUACGUCACUAACACUCGAAAAUGUUACUGCGAAUUGUUCAACUUAUAGACCACGUACUGUACUUACUUACUGCUAGUCUAAUAAUUUCUGAAACUGCAUUAAAAUUUAUUGCAUAGUUUGAAAGAUCUUGGCGUACAAAUGGCGAAAAUCGAUUUUGUCUUAAACUUUUUAUAUGCCAAAAUGUGUUCGAGAUGAGAACAUGGAGUUAUAUUUAGCUAGACAACUCUUUUUCAUAUAAAGAGUAUCCAUUUUUUUCUAUCUUCGAUAAAUCCCGAGCUUUUCACUUUAUCAAAACCAAACCAAAUUAAUUAGUAUUAGAGGUGAAAGUUAUGUCGAUUUUCGUCACAUCUGAUUUUAUUUCAAAGAUGAAAAUCGCGACAAAUAGGUGCUUUGCACUAAUCUUUCGGUUUUGGUUUCGCUUGCCGUUAUUAGCUAAAUCUAAGUCCAUGGUCAAUAUACCUAAUUAACUUGUAAGAUUAUUUUUAUGUAGGUAGUUAAAUUUAUGUAUUGAUUGAACUUGGUAAAAAAUGUGUAUGAUCGCGUAAAAUGUUUUUAUGCAUUGAAAUAAAUAAAAGACUGAAAAUAUA